AUGUCUGCUGCAGAACAGGCUUCCCUACAGGAUGUUGAAGUCGACCACUCAGGUCAAGAUAUGUUCGCCACACCUUCAUCAUCCGACUCCAUAUCUCCAGAUGUGGCAGCAAACACAGAGUUGGCAACGCAGAAGAAAAAGAAAAAGAAGAAAUCAAAGAAAUCUAACAAAGGGAAGGAGGCUAGUACCGACGCUACGAACGGUAUUAAGUCAAAUGCAGCGCAGGACGAACAACAGCGUCCACCCGUCCUCUGUAUCAGCAGAAACAAACAUUGGCGCUAUAUUAGCUCCUACCAUGGUCCAUGGUUACAACUCCCCCUUGAGCUCCUCGAGUCUCUACUUGUCCUUAACCUGGAUCCCGCCACCCUCUCCGCUGCCGACACGCGUCUACCUGCCCUCCCACCUCCCUCUCCCCCCUGCGUCCCCAACCAGAAGCUGCGCGAUAAAGGCUUUGCAAGUAUCGGCGACCAUUCUCCUCCCGAUUCUCCGCAUAGCACCUUUGCAAGUCUCCCUGCCCCACCUCCCUUCCCUGCACCCAAGCCGGGCAAGGCAACACCACCACCGAUAGACCCAGGCGUUUUCCGCUCUGUGUCUAAUAUCCGCCGUUUAAUCGACGAGGCAUCUGAACUUUCUGUACGUGCGAGCUCCGGGCUCUCUGCAGCCGCAUUAGGUUCUAUCAGAGGUCCGGGUCCGGGAAUGAGUUCAAGUCCGUGGGCAACAGCACAUUCGCUCGGAAUCAAUCCUCUCGGAGAUGGUGGCGGUGGCAGAAAUGUUGCGAUGUCGGCGAUGCGCGUACAUAGACUCCGGGCGUUGGCAGUGCAGAAACUGGCCGCAGCGUAUAGAACAGAUGAGAUCGCAUCGAGCGUUAUGGUGAUGCAGGGUGGGAGUGUCUUUGAUGAUAUUGCGGAACGUGUGCUCAAAGUCGAUCCAAAUGACAACGACGCGCGUUAUGUUCAUUUUUUCCAUGAGAAGAUACCUUCUCGGCAAUUGGCCGAGUCUACGACAACGCAUGUUUUGGAUGAGCUGAUAGCUGCUUGUCCGCAGCGUCUGGAAUUCUAUCGGACACGCGGGAUCGUGCACUGCUUCCGUGAUGAGUAUCCGCUUGCAGUCAAAGAUUUCUCGUAUGCUAUCAAGGAAGCGCGUGGGCUUCGCAGGGCAAAGAUUGCGCACCGGAACAAUAUGCCUAACGAGAAACAGCGUGGGAAGGGCCACAAGAAGAAGGGCAAGUCGGGAGGCGCCAAGACGAACGGGCAGGCACCCCCCAAUGGAACCAGUUCCAGUGCGUUUGGCGGCGAUAUGCCUACCAUUGACGGGCCUGAUGGAGAGCCGCUGCUCCUUCACCCGUCGGUGCUACCUGACGCUCCUGAUCCCAUUGAGCCUCAAUGUCUCUUCUUGCGCGCCGCUGCAUAUCUGCAGCACGCAGUGUUCCUCGUCGAAAAGGCCAUCCUGAAACUAGAAGGUAUCCGCAAGGUGCUCACGGUGGAUGGCGCAGAGCUGAGGCUGUGCUACAUCGAGAAUGGGCGCUAUGGAGGUGUUGAGAUUGGACAUCCCGAUGGUCCGCUGGGCAAGAAGGACGGGGUAAAGCUGGCUGCUUAUAAGCAAGUGCUUGCCGAUGAGAAUUUUCGGGAACAGGUUACGUCACUCGUCAAGAAAAGUUUGCGCGACCACGAAAAAUUCCUGAGCCAUUUUGAUUCCUUGGAAGGAAUCCGGGACCCAGCAGCUGGAGAUGAUCUCGCAUCACAGGUCGAUCAUGCGUUCCUUCUGACGGAGUCUCUUCGCCCUGGAAGCCAGACCACGCCUCCACAGCUCUCUGAGGCCCCAGCGACCUUUACGACAUACCACCCUCUACUCGUGGAAUCGCACUUUAGUAUUUUGCUUUGUCUCCUUAUGCUGGGCGAUUUCCCCACACUCCUUCAUACAUUCAUACACACUGCGGCUGUAGUUGAUGGGCUAGAAGGCUACCCUGUCUUCCUGCCCCCGCGCUCAAUGGCCCAGGCAGAGUACAUGGAAGUUCUCGGCCGCCUUGCCUGCGGGUGGCACAAUGGCAACCAGCCGCACUCCCUGAGUCACCUGAGCGCAAGGCUCGCCAUAGAGGCGCCGCCCUCGUCGACGUCCUCCAAAGCGAAGGAAGUUGACCGCGCGCCAUCCCCGUCAACCACGGACAUUGGGUCGUCCACGUCGACGCUGACGCUAGGUGUUAAUGGCUCCAGUUCAAGCACUACUAUUCACGUCUCUCCAUCAGCCUCGCCCUCUGGGCGCGGAUCGCCGUGCAGCACGUCUAGCCGCGUCGAUCUCCUGGAAUCGCUAGACUCUGCGCGGAUCCUUCUGGCGCCCGUGGCAGCGCGUCGGCGUGAGAAGGCUGAGAAGAUGACGGUGGACAAGGUUGCCGGGGCGAAGAAUGGGAAAGGGAAAAAGUCACUGAACAUCAAUAUCCCGCUGCAUGGUCCAAGGGUAGAGAUUGUGCUUGCGUGGCUUGGCGCGGUGCACCUCCCGGAGCUGGACGCGGUCGCUUGA